ACAAGCCAAUCGUCUCUAGGCGUACCAAUCGGCGUACACUUACGGCGGAACGAGCCGCCCUGGCCAGUGACAAAGGCCGUACGGCGGAAGUGCCGAAACGGUUUCCCGGGAAGAUGGCAGCCUCCGUCUGGCCGAAGUUGAUUGACAGGUGCUGUGACCAGAAGCUCUAGACUCCAGGCCCUGUCCCCUGAGCUCUGCCCUCGGAUGUCCCACCGUCCAGAGCCUGCAUGCGCCGUGGGGCGCCCCAGGACCAGGAGCUGGUGGGUCCCGGGGCUCCUGGGCGGGGAUCCCGGGGCGCCCCGCCUCCCUCGGGACCUGUUGUCCCGGUCCUCGUCUUUCCCCCGGACCUAGUAUUCAGGGCGGACCAGCGGAGUGGACCCCGGCAGCUGCUGACCCUCUAUAACCCCACGGGAGCUGCACUUCGCUUCCGAGUCCUGUGCACAGCACCUGCCAAAUACAGAGUGUUUGACUCAGAAGGAUAUGUGAAGCCUCAGUCCUGCAUUGACAUUGUGAUUCGCCACGUGGCCCCCAUUCCCAGCCACUAUGACAUCCAGGACCGCUUCCGCAUUGAGCUGUCUGAGGAGGGAGCUGAGGGCCGAGUGGUGGGGCGCAAGGACAUCACUUCGGUUCUGAGAGCCCCAGCGUACCCCCUUGAGCUUCAGGGACAGCCCGACCCAACACCCCACCCAGGGCCUCCUUCCUGGACGGCACCACCCACGGACAGACACUUCCCGGAGAACCCCCGCCCACAAUUGGCCACCAGCUCCUUCCUCCUCUUCUUGCUGACGGGCAUCAUCUCUGUGGCCUUCCUGCUGCUGCCGCUCCAGGACGAACUCGGCAGCCAGCUGCCCCAAAUCCUGCACGUCUCCCUGGGACAAAAGUUGGUGGCAGCCUAUGUCUUGGGCCUCCUCACCAUGGUGUUCCUCCGCACCUGAGCCCCCUGCUCAACCUCCACCCUCCUCCCGGCAGGGACUGGACUUGCAACAGCCACUGUGUGCUCAUACCUUGCCUCAACUCCUGCUCCCUUCUUCCUCCUUCCUGCCCAGCUCCCCCCACUCCCAACCAAAAAUACCCAGGGAUUUGUAUUCAUUUUCCAAGUUGAAUAAAAUAAAUUUUUUAAAUUAAACUGA